UCAGCCUGGGAGCAACAGAGUAAAGUUUAAAUGCUGCUGCAUAUUUUUAGUACUUUGGAGCCGUUAUUCAUUUAAACUAAAAUGGCUUCUCUUCAAGUGUUGUUCUUCAUGUUGGUGUCAUCCUACUGCUUCACUUUCAUGUCAAGUAGGCCGACAGGUGUCCACCUGCGGAGCAUGAACAACUUCAUCCAUGCGGUGCAACAGGUGGAAGAGUCCAACCCGGGUCUCUGCCCGCUGUCAAUGAUCAGGGCCCUUCGCCGGACCGCUGGUCAUGACGACGCCAUGACUAUCCACUUCUUGGGGGCUUCGAAUAAUCUUUCUGACAUCGCGGGGCUGGAGACGGCCAUUCUCAAUGCCUCGUCCUUCAGCUUCUUUGACAAGGCAGUUCACCACAUGAUAACAGACAGCGGCGAAGAGCGAGGCGUGACACUUGCCCCGGACGGCACCACGGUGGCCUUGGCACCUUUGCUGUUGGGCAUUGAAUGUGGACUCAAAGCCAAACUGGAGGGGAACUCGACCAUUGGGCUCUUCCCACUCACCUUGGGAAGGCCGCUCGGGUUAACUUUCCUGAGCCUCCAGGACAUUCCCGUGUCUAACCGUUUAGGCCCCGACGGGUGUUGGGACAGCGUAGAGCGCCCCAAGGUGUUUAAAAUUUUUUGGCCUGCUACCCUGGCCACCGAUGCAGUUAUCAACGGGGGUAUGGAUGGAUUAAUACUUGGCACGGAUAUCAGCCAACUACCUAAUUCUAAAGAACCUCCUGCUCUUAGUGAGAUCCUGCAAGAAUACUAUAAUUUUAUUCUGCAAGCAGACCAUGGUCUUGAUACUUUGUCCAGACAUAUCAGUCCAAGGCGGAGGGAAAUCUCUCGAUCCAUCCUGGAGCCCCUUGACCUUCAGAAGGAGCUGAUGGACACACUCACACUGGUCUGGAGGUUGGAGAAGACCGAGUGGAUUGCGUUGGACACUGGGGUCAACAAGGCGGUCAAGGAAGGACUAAAAGAAUUUGUGCACAAGUAUUGGGAUUGUCCUCAAAUCAUCCCUCGCUGCCAAUGGAGGGCAAACGAUCGCAAGGAAACCCCCAUCCCGCUGUCCCUGCCACUCCACUUUCUCUACGUUCACCACACCUAUGAGCCCUCGCAGCCCUGCCUGUCCUUUUCACAGUGUUCCAUGGACAUGAGGGCCAUGCAGCGCUUCCACCAGGAAGUCCGUAACUGGAGUGACAUUGGAUACAGCUUCGUGGUGGGCUCCGAUGGUUAUGUCUACGAAGGCCGCGGUUGGAACCUCCUCGGCACGCACACGCGAGGACACAACAGUCGUGGCUUUGGAGUGUCGAUCAUCGGCAACUAUACGUCCGCUCUUCCGUCACGACACGCCAUGGACCUUCUACGCCAUCGUUUGACACGAUGUGCAGUGGACGGAGGGAGGCUUGUGGCCAACUACACUGUUCACGGCCACAGGCAGAUGGUCAACUACACUUCCUGUCCUGGUGAUGCCUUCUUCUCCGAAAUAACAAAAUGGGACCAUUUCAGAAACUGACGUGCUAUAUGGUCUUACAACACCAGACUGCUCAUGAGACCAUGCGAUUAUGGGACUCCAGAAUAAAGCAGACUCAUCACUAAGUUGUAUUUCAUGCAGCAUUCGAAUUGGAUUUGGAGUUUUGAUGCCUCCCUGCCCCCACAAUAUUGUUAUUGAUUAUACACACUUUACAACAACGUGACAACACAAAACAAAAAAACAAAACAGCCAACAAGUAAAAUAAUUUCACACAUUUGGAUACCACAGGUGGUUGUACACCCCACUUGUCAAUAAAGUCCAAUAAAGGUUUCCAUAUUUGUUCAAAAUCCUCUGCCUUCCCUCCCACCACAUAAAUUGAUUUUCCAGCUUAACAGAGUUCGUUUUUCCUUAAUCCAUUGAUUAAUUGGAGGUGUGUCCAUUUUCUUCCAGAAUAGCGCAAUGAGCCUCCUUGGCUGUUGCAGUCCAAAGUCAAUCAAAGUCUGUUUUUUUUUUUUUUUUUUGCAGAUCACAAGGUCUCUUGGGUAAAUCCCCAGUAUAAACAAUUUUGCAUUGUAAGGUACAUCAGUCCCAGCAAUAUACGACAUAAUGCGGCCCACUUCUGUCCAAUAACCCUGCAAUUCAUGGCAGUCCCAAACACAAUGUAGAAGAGAUCCUCGUCCUUCGUCCUUCAUUCCUACCAUUUAAUGCAGGUGUCUGAAAUAUCGGUGGACGAGCUGUUUAACUUUACAGCUGAAUGUAUACUCUCGUCAACCAUUUGUAUUGCAAUAACCUCACCCCCAAAACACACAGAGUCCGCCGCGCUACGCCCAGCUCCGUUCCGGAUGACGCUACAAAUACAAUGCAGAUCGCCUGCAAUGCCCAAUGCCCACAGCAUACGACUCUCAUGCGGUCCGUCCAACCGCGGACUCUAGACGUGCAUGCGCAAAACGGAGGAGACUAUACCUGAUCAGAUCAACACAAAGUUUAUUAUUGUGACAGUAUUUUCAGGUGGAAAAAACACGCCAAAAAUGCACUACGGCCAAUAAUACAGUUUAGGUACAGUUAAAUUCAGUUCAAAACACACAAAAGCACACAAUAACCCGCGGAUGCAACUCCCCCGCCUCUACAAAUAUGCUCACGCGCGCUGGAGUUAAGAUCGGGGCUAAAAAAUCCAGCCCGACCCGACCCGGGCCCAUGGGUAUUAAAGCCCGACCCAGCUCGAGCCAGAUCAAUCAACUUGGUUUGCAGGCCCGAGCCCGAAAAAAUCCCCGAAAUUUUAUGUUUUAUUUGUAGGCCGGAGCACGAAAUUUGGAUGCGAUGCGUCAGUCAGAGCAUUACUUGGAAAAACAAAUUAAAGCCUGUCUUUUGUAAAGAAAUCUCCCAGUUAACAAGAGGGUAUAUGCAUAUUCAAUAAACAUUUAUAUAUUUUAUAUUUGUGUGUCAUGUAUUUCAUGUUUCAUUUUCUUGGCAAUUCAAUGCAGCAGCCCAUUUGACAUUUAUUUUAAUUUUCACGAGUUGGCAGAAAAAAAAAACGCAAGUUUUUAAAAUGUUUAAAUUGUCUGCAUAUUUUUAUCAUCAUUAUGAAUGCAUUUACACAAUGAAAUAACGUUGGAAAAGUUUGUUUAAUAUAUUUCUGUGUGGGAUAUUGUGCUCACAUGGAUGCGCCUCUCUGACAAGGAGAGGCUCCGCGCGGCUCCCGUUCGCAAUUCCCAUACAGCGCCUUCUGUUUCAUCCAAAUUAUUUAUUUACAGGUAUUCCUUAGUUCAACAUCCAUACAUCGAUUUAGUUGACAUAUAAAAAUAUAUAUUUAUUACAAAAAAGUUAGCGAGAGAGAAGCCCGACCCGAACGUAAUAAUUGACAUUUUAGGCCCGACCAUGCCCGAAAUUCAGGUCGGGCAUGCUUUGGGCUUAAGGUCUUACCUCUAACGCACGCACAUAUAUACACAAACAUAGUGUAGCACUUGCAAGAAUUGCCAGCGGCAAUUAGUUUCAGUAAAUC